AUGUCUGACACUAAACUCAAAGUCUGGCUCGAUAGCAAGGACAACACCGUUGAAGGCCACAUCUUCACCUGCACCUUGCUGUUCAAGGGCAAGAAGGUCUGGGGCCCAGUGUCGGCCCACGACAACACCAUUGAGCUGCAGAAAGCGCUCCACAAGGCCGACAGCCGCUUCGAAGUCGAACUGAAGAAGAAGGAUCGGACUCUGGAAGGCCACACGCGCUACAUUAGCGUCAAGGCCGGCGGCAAGGUGUACCUGGACAAGCUGUCGACUCACGAGAACAUGCAAGGUCUGGCCGAUGUCGUCGAUGCCAUCAUCGCUCUUGAUGACUAG